CACAAGAGCCCCAUUCCGGGGUCACCUGUCCCCGUACCCCACCAUGGGUGGUUUUGGGGUGUAUUUUGGGGUCCCCCAACCCUGUCUCCCCCCGCAGGAGCCCCAUUCCCGAGGUCACCUGUCGCGGCCCGAGGCGCAGUCGCUGUCGCCGUACACGACGAGCGCCAGCCGUGCCAAGCUGCUGGCCAAGAACCGGCAGACGUUCCUGCUGCAGACCACGCGGCUGACGCGGCUCUCGCGCCGCCUGUGCCGCGACGUGCUGCAGCCGCGGCGGGCGGCGCGCCGGCCCUACGCCCCCAUCAACGCCAACGCCAUCAAGGCUGAGUGCUCCAUCCGGCUGCCCAAGGCCGCCAAGGCCCCCAUGAAGAUUCACCCGCUGACCCGGCUGCCCCUGGCCGCCAUCGUCAAGGAGCUGGAUCACCCAGAAUGGGAAUGUUGGGAUUAUUCCUUUGGGGGAACCACACAGAACGUGUCCCCCCGCCCCAGCUCACGGAGGUGGGGGGGGUGGGGUGUCACGGGGAGUUUUUUGGGGUUCCCCUCCAUGACCCCACCCCCCACCACGAUCCGCAGGGCUCUGCGGAAGGCGCUGACGCACCUGGAGCUGCGCCGCGCCGCCCGGCGCCCCAACCUCCCGCUGAAGGUGAAACCGGGGCUCCCCCCGCUGCGCCCGGGGGGGGCCCUGCCGCCCCCCGCCGCCGCCCCGCACCCCGCCAGCACCUCGGAGCCCAUCGUCCUCGAGGACUGA